UUCAAAAUGGACGCAAUAUCUUUGUGUUCCCAUUCUCAGAUCGCGUGAGCAGCAGUGAUAAGUUUUUGCAAUUUACUUUUCCUAAUAAAAAAGUGGAGUGUGAAAACUGAAAAAAUGCCAAUGAAUUUAAAUUUGUGAUAUACUACAAGUAAAUGGGACGGAAGUGGAUAAUAAUCCAAGGCUUUUUGUCAAAUUUCGUCCGUGUAGUGAAGAAACAGUCAAUACAAAUCAACUUAAACUGUCUGAUGGAAUUUUGUAAUACACCAAUUGCGAGUUUUCUUUGUGACCUCACUUUUUGCGUUUCGGCGUUCGUGUGCGUUUAGCGUACUUUAGAAGAGCGUAUUGUGCUGUCGUACAUUGCCAAAACGAUGUUUGUAGCAACAUUUUCUUUGCAAGUAUUAUUAAAAGAAAAACUGCUAUAGAAUUCUCCAGCAACAGCAGUCGAAAAGUUAGUUGAAGCAGCCAGAAAUCAGCAGUUGAUGUGCGAUUGUUUGUGUGUACGUCAAUCCUAAACGAGCGACCGAUUGGCUGCUAGCUGGACACGAAAAACCGAAAAACGCAGUGGCAGAAAGAAAAUAAGACUAAAAAGAAAGAAGGUUGUAUAAACGAUCAGAAAUUGUGCUAGUGACAAUUUGGCAGGCUUUUUGUUUUACGCCAGCUUUUAUAUACCAUAUUCUUUUUUGGUUGGAAUUUAUAAUGGUUUAGUUAAAUAAUGCAAUACGUAGAAGUGCAAAAUUGUUUCCACAUAUUGCCAAGUUGUGAAUGAAGACUCCAACACAAUACAGUGUUAAUUAUGAAGUACAAUAAUGUGUAACGCAAGUAUGUAUAAUAAUUGUAGAAAGAGAUAAAAGUUUAUACAACAAAAAAAUGUAUAAAUUUGCAGUAAAAGUACUGAAAACUUACAAAGAAACAUGAAAAACAUUUUGAAAGUGCCUACAAACAAGGACAAAUUUUUAUUCCUUUGAAAAACAAAUAAAGUGAUAAAAGCGGAAUAUCGGUUAGCGUUCUGUCCGCUAAAACUAGUUUAUUAUUACAAAAAAAUAUACGCCUUUACGAUUUUAAAUUUCAUUUACCGUCUAAACGCUUUGAGUUAUAUGCAUUGUCAUCAUUUGUCCACACGAUCCCAAAAGUACAACGACGCACACUUGCUGAAACUUAGUUAUAUAUUAUGGAAAAAGGGAAAGUACAUGUAAAAAACGAGCAUCGUGGUGUGCCUUCACAAACACAACAACAACAACAAUUAACGCCAAAAAUUGCUGAAGGCCAUCCCUCAACGUCACUAUCACCCGAAUUAAAAUCUGCGCCCUUUAUGGGAAUGCACCAUAACCUAGAACAUCCACCACAAACAGUCUACUACCAUCCACAACGUCCUACAUCGAAAACGAAUACAACAAAUAUUUCGGAAUGUGAUACUAUCGGUAAUUCCGCCAACGAUGGUGUAUUCCCUUUAUGUUAUGUAUGUGGCGGUAAUGGCGGCUGCGAAUCUCUACGCGUACGUCCUAAUCAGGAUUGUCCUACUGAACCGUAUUUCCCAUUUUUGGAACGACACGAACCGCCUAACGGUGUACCAAAGCUUACAUCUACACAAACCUAUGUAAUCGCUUGUAUGCUUUGCUAUCGAUCCCUGCGAGAGCAAUGGGACUCGUAUGAACGCAAAAAGAAACCACAUUUGCAGCGUUUAUAUCACAUGAAACGUGUUGAUGGGAAAAGUUACAUUGGCGCCGACAUACAAACACAAGGUGAAUACGCUGCACAGAUGCUUGGUCUUAGCGCUGAACAUUUGCAACAUGGUAAUUUGCAAGAAGAUUACGCAUAUUUAAGUGGUGUGUCGCGUACACCAAAUCGCGUCGAUUACGAACGUCCAUCGAAUGUGACGAAUCAAUAUUAUCCUUUACAACCGAACGAACCAUCAUCGUCAUUACAUUAUGCUCAAACAAAUAAUACGCCUAGCUCAACGGCACAACAAUACUGUGAUUAUUAUAAUCGAAACUUUAACGCUACCUUGAAUGGCCAAAUGACGCCACAACCAAAAGAAAAGCAAAUUGGCACCACGCAGUUACCUAAGAGUGUGGCACAUAUGAAUGACGAGCCCACCACAGUUGAAAGUCGUAAACCAGUCGGUAGUGGUUCACCAUAUGACACGUUAAAUAUAAAAUCGUCCUCAUUUGCUCAUCAUAAAUUUAAAUUAGGUCAGAUUUCCUGUAUGAAUUCAGCUUCAGCCCGUAAUGAACUAAACUCGCCAAAUGAUACACAAAAAGCUCUACAUACAAAUUCGGACAGUAAACAUCAACAAAUUCACCAGCAGCAACAACAACAACAGCAGCGACAAGAUCGUAUCAGUCCGCAAUACGAAUAUGGUAUCGCAGCUGGUGGUGUUGGUGGUAAUCACUCGAAUGCCGCAUCAAUGGCUGAUGUUGUUGACGAUGCAAGUGGUGCUGCCUUAGAUUUGCGUAACUCAACAAAUAACAUCUGUGAACCAUACAUGUUGUCAUGCGGUACUUCACGCCAAAUGUUUCGAAAUGCCUCACCUAGUAAUAAUGCCACCAACCAAGUCGAUGUCGGCAUACUUGACUUGUCAAUGCCAGACAAGAAUUCAUUAACUGAAGUUUGUUAUGUUUGCGGUGAUGAACAGCGACGUGGCAGUCUCAUCGAACUGAGCACUGUACGUUCGAAGGAUGGGAAGGGUCGUCAUCAUCCCUACUUUCCGAUUUUCAAUGAACAAAUACCACGUCCGCCGCGCUCACGUCCCAAAGAUCCACGUGGCAUGAUACAAGCCUGUCAAUUAUGCUAUGAACAUCUUAUACAACAGUGGAAUAAUUACCAGACUACACAAACACCUGAAAAUGAACGCUCCUAUACGUUACGUAAGAAACCAACAUCCGUCACAGAACGCACCACGUUCGUUUGUUAUACCUGUGGCGGUGACACGCCCUCCUCACGUUUGCGGCUCGUUUAUUGCUGUCCAAAUGCAGAGCGCGAACCUUACUAUCCUUUCAUAAAAACCAUGAAAGCUUUCAAAAAUGCUAGUCCCAUCAGUCCACAGGGUAUGGUGCAAAUAUGUUCCUCAUGCUAUGAAAAGCAUUUAUAUUUGGCUGAAGGUGGUAACAACACUACAAUGGCAGCGGCUACCUCUACUGGCCGUAUAUCUGGUGGACCCGCUGACAAUAAUGCGGCCGCUGGUAGCGGUGCCGGCGCAAUUUACAGCGUAGAUGGUGACGCCAAUCUCAGCAACAACAAUGUGAUCGCAACAAGCGCUGAGGGUGCAGGACGUUACACACCCUCCGAGAAGUCGUUGGCCAACUCGGAUUCGACAAGUAAUGUGAAAUUUAAGCCAUACGAACCGAUUUCAAAUAGUUCUCCAUCCACACAGCGCGAUUUCAAAUUUGCACGACAGGGUGAUUCGCGCCCUAAUUCGCCGACAUCUUCAUCUCAGGGCCCUGGCGAGAGUGAGCGUGGACAAUAUCCUUGUUACAUUUGCAAAACUCUUUGCGCCGCCAAUAAAAUGGAGUGGUUAUCCACCAGCGCUGAACAUAUGAAUUCGCAUGCCAUGCAUUUUCCCUGCUUACGCGGCAGCAGCAAUAAUGGUCGUGAUAAUGUCAGCCUAAGUGGCAAUGGCAACACUGCCAAUAAUAAUGAUAAUAAUAAUCGUGUGCUUGCCUGUAAGGAUUGUGUGAAUUAUUUGGCACGCCAGUGGGAGACAAUGGAUGCUGAGCGCGUGCCAUUGGAGCAUCGAAGAUAUAAUAUACCUUCGCCGAUGAUCACUUCGAGCUCACCAAAUGGCUCACGUCAUGGUGGCCUAACCAUAACUACACCACCGUCUACGCCUUCCGUGUCUUCAACACCUGCCAGUACAUCGAUUUAUUGUUUUCUAUGUGGCUUGCAUUCGGAUUUGACAUUGGCGCGCGUCUUGUAUGCGAGCAAAGAGGGCUCACGACCAUAUUUCCCCCAUCUCCUCAAACACAACUCGCUGCCAAAUGCUGAACAAUUGCGCAAGGAUUACUCAGCACUCGUAUGCACAUUCUGCUACCACUCCAUGUUGAAUCAGUGGCGCAAGUAUGAAGCGCAGACACCAGCUAUAGCACCAACCGAACGCAAAUACAAUUGGCAUGACUAUAUUUGUCAUUUAUGCGGCAUUACGACGUACCGAAAACGUGUGCGCGCACUACCGGUUAAUGAGUUUCCAUUUGUGAAAAAUCGCAAAAAUGGCGAUGGGCUUUUGUUGGAGAACGGCGAAUAUGCUGUGGUUUGUUUGGAUUGCUACGAAAGCCUUAGACAACAAGCCUCGCAUCAUGAUCGUUUUGGUGUACCGAUUUCUAGGCGUGGAUACAACUGGGUGCCACAACCACCACCGCCCGAGGACAGUCCGGAUGUUGCUGUAGCGCGUUUGCCAUGUGGAGAGCGUUCCGAUCGAUUUCCCAUCAACACCACCCUCAGAUCCAUAUCUAACAAGAAGAUCGCAUCACCGAAGCAAGGCGAAAAAACUAAAGAUGUUCCUCCAAAGAGUGGCCAAAAGCGCCCAGCAACAAGUCCAGCACCACCCAUCCCGUCGCCACAUCAUAUACAAUCGCCCUCCACCACACCCGGUGCUGGCAAUAGCAGCGGUGGCAAUGCGGCAGUGCAAAUGACGUCCAAUUCGGCGCUGUUGAAUCAUGUUAUGCCACCAAAUCAAUUAAGUGGCUUGCAAGCAGCCUCUUUGCAACAGCAACAGCAACAACAUCAGGCACAUCAACAGGCUGUCGCUGCAGCAGCAGCAGCCGCACAAGCGCAACAGCAACAAAUAGUUGGCGUACCGGGUGCGCUGAAUGCGGCACAAGCGAGUGCACGCGGACCCUUCGCCUCGGCAUUGCGCAACUUGGCUAAGCAAGCCGACAUCAAAGAGGAGGACGAUAUCAAUGUGCGCGUCGAACGUAACGAGCGCGCAGUACCGCUAAGUGCGGGUAGUAGUGGUGGUGGUGGCGGUGCAGUCGGUGUGGCCGCGGCAGUAAGUGUUGCCAAUACCAAUGUGGUGAAUGUGUCCAAUACGACACGUGCAGCAAUGUCAAAUGAACGGCUACCACCAAGCGGUGGUGGUGGGCAAAUCAGUGGUGUGGACGAACGUUUAAUGGCCAAAAAGCGUACUGGUUCGUCGCCGCAACCAGGCGAGAAGAUCGCACGUAUGUCUUCGCAACAGUCGGUGCAAAUGCAACCUGAGUUAUUGGCGCGCAGCGGUUUUCAACCAUACCGAUCAGAUGAGCGCCUGAUACAUCCGGCGGGCGCUUUUCCCUUGGAAGCCUAUGCCACCUUCGCAGGUUUACCAACGAUGCCGCCAGGGCCGUUCUUGAGUCCAGCUGGUCUGCCUUACUCCGAUCAAUUGUACUUAGAUCAACGCUUUCAAAUGCUACGUGCAGCCGGUUCUCACCACACACACCCGCAUGCCCUCUAUCCACCAAUGGCUUCGCCCUAUGCUUCUCAUUUAUAUUCGAUGAUACCGGGCGCAGCGCUUGGUUUGGGCUCCGCCUUGCAUGAACGUAUGAAAUUAGAGGAGGAACAUCGCGCGCGUAUCGCCAGAGAAGAAGAACGCGAAAGGGAAAUACAGCGGGAAAAGGAACAGCGCGAGCGCGAACGUGAACAAAGGGAACGCGAGCAACGUGAGAAAGAACAACGAGAACGCGAACAACGCGAAAAGGAGCAACGUGAGAAGGAACAGAAAGAAAAAGAAGCACGUGACCGUGAGUUACGUGAAAAAGAGCGUGAGGCAAGAGAACGCGAAAGGCAAAUACUAUCUGCCUCUCAUCAUUAUACAAGUCAGUUAUAUUCGCCAUUGGGACGCAAUUUACUUGGACCAAUGAUGCCACACUUGGGUUUGGGUUUGCGUGCACCGCCCGGUGCAUUGCAUAGCCUACCGCCGAUGUCCGCCUACCAUGCGGCGAGCCAACGUCAGAGUCCACACUCUGCAAUGGGUCUCAAUCUCGGUUUGCCCGGUUUGGGUAGUGUACCAUCGCUAUCGCAUGGUCCUGGUGGCAUACCGCAUCAUUUACAACAAUCUGCAUUGGGACUGGCACACCCAAGUGCUGCUGGCUUAACGCAUCCGGGCUUUCCUGGUGCCGCUUUGGGCUUGUCACACCACGGUAUAAAUCUAACACAUCCACAUAUCUCACCACACCAUCCGGCAAUGGUGCCCAGUCAUCAGAUGUCACCACACUCAUCAUCGAUAGCCUCGACCUCGACCACUACCACAUCGCCACACAAUCUAAAUUUGAGUAUGCAAAGCAAUGCGGGUGCCAGCAUGAAGGUAUCAGUGCCCAGUAGUGUUUCACAAACGUCCGUAUCGGGUUUGCAGUCCUCCACCAGCAUGACUCAAGCCACUUCGACGUUGUCCUCACACAUUCCGCAAAUGAGCAACUCACUUUACCACUCGCAUCACUCUAGUCAGCAUCUAACCAGCGCUGGACUGGCACCCACAUCUGCGCAUCAGCAGCCGCCGACCUCAAUGCCGCUUUCGCUAACUAGUAAUUCGGGCCGCAGCCAUUCGGCAUCGCCCAUCACAAUGAAAGCAACACCGCAAUUGUCGAACAACAAUCCCGGUAUGCAUAAUCAAAACGGUGGACGUUCCGCCAGCAGUCCACAUGCUUCACGUCAGCUGGCUAUGAGCCAAACGCAACACCAGCAAAAUGCAGGUGUUCACGAUAAGCAAAAUACUUUGACGCCGAGUGCACUCGAGCCGGCCACACUAGAUCUGACUGGUUCGAAUUCCAAUUCCAGCGUGCAAGUGUCAUCUGUAGCCAGCAGUGGCGGCGGUCAUAACACACACUCGAAUGAACUAAACGGUACCAGUGGCGUUGAAGCGAUUGGCAUUGGGGAACGCAAAGAUAACACUGCUGCGAUAGCGAAGAAUCUCUCGCUCAAUGUAAACACCAGCGAUAAGAGAAGUCCAUCGACAUCGCCCACAGUUGCCGCCAAAGAUAAUGCUGCCGCAUACAAUAUGAGCGUGUCGAACAACGCCGAAGAUUCAACGCGACAAUGCAGUCCAAACAGCGCGAUGUCCACCUCAGCAGAGCCGCAUACAUCGAUAUCGCCGCCGGCGAAACCAACAAUCGGUGGCGAUUCCAUAGGUGGUGCCGGUCAUGGAGCAGGUGCAGGUUCAGGUAAUUACAACAAUAAUUCCAAAGUUACCGCCGUACCGUCAGACAACAUUGUCAAGCCAACAAGUGACCCCUCAACGGGUGUUUUUGCAACCAACAACACACAAAAUGUACCGCCCAACGAUACAGUACGGCCGACGGUAGGCGCCACAGAUGUGCAGUCGACAGCAACACCGACCAACACCAACACCAACAACAGCAGUAACCACAGCCACAUCACAUCGCCUACAACUACCACGCCCGAUGCGUGCGCCAGUGUAGGCGGUGUGACCUCCACGACCGGUGGCAGCACCUCGCCGCCUGUGGUGAGCAGCAGCACGAAUAUUGUAAACAACAAAACACAAAAGAAGAGCAAUUGCGAUGAAACGGUGUCCAGUGCGACGCCAACAACUACCACGGCCGCGAUCGAGGUGAAUGGCGGUGGCGCUGCUGCUGGUGGCGGUCGGUGAUGCUGUGCUGCCGCGUGUCUGUUUGCCCAACGGCACCAACAACAUAAGCAACAACAGCACGGAAGCGCAUACGCCAAACGCUAUACUUAUGCGCUCGUAUAAAUAUUUCUUAACUGUAAUUACUUUAGCACACUUAAGGUUAAGCCAAGCUUCAUGCCAUGUACCCCUUAAUGGAGAUCACCGUCUGCUCAUUUUUGCGUUUCUUAUUGAGUCACUUUAUUUUGCAACUUUUCGUUUACACAAAUCUCCGAAUUAUUUUAUUCUUACGAAUUCUCUUUGCAUAUCUAUCUAUUGGACUAAUGAUAUACUUACACUUUUAUGUUAAAGCAACAACAAUAUAUCGGCAUUUUGCCUUAAAUAUAUGUGUAUUUGAAUUUAUGUGUAUAGUGUAA